GCGGAUUCCACCGUCCCAACAAAAAACCCAUCUUUCUCUCCUCCUCCGUCAUAUAUGGCCGCCGGCGGCGGUCUAAAUUUGCAACCGCAACCAUAUAUUUUCCUGCCGCAGUCGGUGGAGCAGCUGCUGCGUCGAAUUUGCGAAGAGAAAAAGCAUCCCUGGCCAGAAGACGACGUUUUGCGGAGGCUGAGUUCGCUGACGGAGAUGAAGGCACUCGAGCUCCUCCGUCAGAUUGCCCGCGCCAAAGAAGUUAAGACUCUCAACGGUUACAUCAUCUGGCUCUGUCAGGCCCAGUAUUCCUCCUCCUCUCCUUCGCAAUCUUCUCUUGCUUCUCAAUUCCAAGGUGUGACUCUCACUCAUCGCUGCUCCUCAGCUGUUGAGCAACCUGUAGCUGUAGGCAAUGGAGAAGCAGAGCUGGAAGCUUUGGGAGAACUUGAAUUCAGAAAACAGUUUCUGAUUCUAAAUUACUCUGGAGGAAUGCAGUGGGGAAGUGUUAUAGCGGCGGAGACUAUUAGGAGUUGGAAAGAUUUGCCAAUGCAUGUAUUUGAGACCAGAGUUUGGGAAGCUUUGGGUCGCAAUUAUAUCGGCAAGGAAGACCGGCGUUUGACUUUUGAAUGGGAUUCGGGAAAAACACACCUCUAUCAUUGUUAUGUUUCUUUGGAUGGGAGUUUCCAAUUCAAGGGUCCGUUUCUAAACAAAGAAAGAACUCUCCUACAGAAAGUUUUAGGAGAUGACAAUGUUUUAAUGGUGAAAUUCGCUGAUGAGGGGAAUGGGACAGGUCCCUCAAAUUCUUACAAUAAUAAGUAUGCUACAUAUCGCAAGCUUGCAAGAGAAGGGAUUCUUGUAGGGUUGCGACGAUAUCGUUUCUUUGUGUUCAAAGAUGGUGGUAAAGAGGAAAAGAAAAAAAACCCAACUUCAUCACCCGUGAAGUGUUAUUUUGUUCGUAUGGACUCUGAUGCUUCAAUUGACAGGGAUGUAUGGCAUAUGUUAGCUAACAGAACAAUUUAUGAAGCAAGAUCUCUUUUCAUGCAUGCCCAUACUGUGUCUAGUGUGGCCACCUACAUGGCUAGGUUUUCACUCAUUCUGUCAAAGACAAUCAGAUUUCCAGUAGAUCUGUCAGUUGUGAAUGUUGAGUUUAUUGAUGAGGAAUAUUGUAGGGAUGAAUCUGGUAACCUUAUUUACAGAGAUGACAAACCGCUUAUACAUACAGAUGGCACUGGAUUUAUAUCUGAGGAUUUGGCUUUACUUUGUCCGAAUAACAUAUCCAAAGGAAAGCGUAUCAGUAAUCAAAAAAUCGAGCCUUUGCUCAUACAGUUCCGACUGUUUUACAAAGGCUAUGCUGUUAAGGGAACGUUUCUUGUCAACAAAAUGCUGCCACCGAAAACAGUCCAGAUUCGACCUUCAAUGGUUAAAGUUCAGAUAGAUCCAGAACUUUCAGAUAAUGAAACAGUGAAUGCAUUAGAGAUAGUUGGAACAAGUAUUCCACCCAGGAAGUCAUAUUUAUCGAGGAAUUUAAUUGCGCUUCUAUUCCAUGGAGGGGUGCCAAAAGAAUAUUUCAUGGAAAUACUUGAGAGAGCUUUGGAAGAUGCUCAUAGUGUUUUCUGCAAUGCACAUACCGCACUCAAAGUUGCCGUUAACAAUGGUGAGAUUGAUGACAAUUCCAAUACGGCAAGAAUGAUCCUAUGUGGUAUUCCCUUAGACGAAUCAUAUUUGCAAUAUCGUCUAUCGAUAUUAAUAAAAGAGGAAAUGAAAGGUCUUAGAAGAGGGAAACUGUAUGUUCCUGAUUGCUAUUACUUGAUGGGGACAGCUGAUCCAACCGGGAUUCUAGAGAAAGACGAAGUUUGCAUUAUCCUUAACAGCGGACAAGUUUCAGGCAAGGUAUUAGUGUAUCGGAAUCCUGGUUUACACUUCGGGGAUAUUCAUGUUUUGAAGGCCACUUAUGUGAAGGAGUUAGAAUAUGUUGUUGGAAAUGCCAAGUAUGCUAUAUUUUUCUCUCGCAAAGGCCCGCGUUCUGUAGCUGAUGAAAUAAGUGGUGGAGAUUUUGAUGGUGAUCUCUACUGGGUUUCAAGAAACCCUCAGCUACUGGAGUAUUUCAAACCCAGUGAACCUUGGGUUCCGGCUUCUUCAGCUCCUAAAGCUGCCAGUGUCAAACCAGCUAAGCUUUCGAAAGAAGACCUAGAAGAGCAGCUCAUAAAUCUGUUUUUGACAACUAGAUUUAAACCAAGUUAUGCAAUGAGUGAGGCAGCUGAUAGCUGGCUGGCUAUGAUGGAUCGCUACUUGACCCAAGGAGAUAGUAGCAUUGAUGAGAACUUAGUGAAGGCAAACAUACUGCGUUUGGUUGAUAUAUACUAUGAUGCGCUAGAUGCGCCGAAGAAAGGUGGAAAGGUUGAAGUUCCCAAAGACUUGAAGGUGUCAAAGUUUCCUCAUUACAUGGAAAAGAAAAAUUCAUCUUCAACUUCGAUUUUAGGAUCGAUUUAUGAUACGGUGAAUGAGUACCAACCAGACGACCUCUCAACCAGAGAAGUUAAGAAACUUCCCAUUUUCGAUGUUGAAGUCCCUGAGGAGUGCUUGAUCAAAUGGAGGGAACAAUACAAACUGUACAGGUGUGACAUGACCUCAGCAUUGCGAAAUGGUGAUCAAGAGGGGAAGAAUCAGGUUGCCGGGGAGCUCAUAACAAAGUAUAGAGAGAUUCUGUACGGUGGUGAUGAUUUCGACAAGAGUACAAGGCCGAUGGGUGAAAUAUUUGACGAGGCGAUCGCGAUAUAUAAUAUCUGUUACGACUAUGCCAGGAGUGCAGGUGUAAGUAAAUGCGGGUUUGCAUGGAAAGUUGCAGGGUCAGCUCUCUUCAAACUUCACUGGAUCAAACAAGGUGAUGCAUGCCCUUUUCUGGUGUCACCCUCUGUCUUGAAGGAAAUUCUGUAACUAAGAAAUGGAUCGUGUAAUCUAGCUAGCCUUUAACGACUGUUUAUUAUGGUCACGAAAUGUUGUAUAUAUUGUAGCAUUUUUGUGUAUGUAUAUAAAUCCAUGGUUCCCAACCAUGGAUUCCCAACUAGUUUGGAAUGACAAACUCAAAUGUUGAGAAUAAAAUCUACUAUAAAGUGAAGACACUAGCAAUUUUCUCA